AUGGGUCGAACGUGGAGGAGCUCCAGAGAGAGGCCACGUCAUCCUGCUCCAUCUCCUCAUCCUCAGAGCAUACUUCUCCCUCCUCACAUAGUGGAGGUGGUUCAGCUGGACGGAGAGAUCCUGCAUGCGCUGUUGAAGCGAGUGUGUUCUGUGGCGUAUCGGCACCUGGACAAGCACAAGAUCGAGCCGGUGCUCUACAUGAUGGAGUGGUUCAUGUGCGCCUUCUCCAGAACUCUGCCCUGGGCCUCGGACCUCCGAGUGUGGGACAUGUUCCUGUGUGACGGAGUGAAAAUGAUAUUCCGUGUGGGCUUGGAGUUGUUGACGUCCAUGCUGGGUACUCGGGAUAAGCUCAACGCCUGUCCGGGUCAGUAUGAGACCAUGGAGGUCCUCAGAGCGAUUGAGUCCAGAUACAUGCAGGAGGGCUUCUUAGUGCUCCAGGUUCUGGAGUUGCAGGUAUCGGCACAGGACGUGGAACGUGAGCAACGCACGCAGCUGAAGCGCUGGAAGAAGAAGCACGGCGAGCCCGGUAGCAAACUCCCUCAGAGAAUGCACAGUGCUCGCGCCAUCAUGGCCACCGAGCCUCAUACAGACCAAGACCUCCGCCAGAAACCCACCAUUAUGGUCCAGUACCCAUCGGUCCCUGAGGAGAAGUCUGAGCCGAACCUCGGGAAGAAGAGAGGGAGCCUGAAGAAAAACCAAGCCCUCAUUACUAACCCCUACGCGCUACCUGGUGAGUCUAAACCUAGUCAGAUAUUGGACAUACAGCUUCUGAACCAGGAAAAUCGAAAUCUUGCACUUCCAAAUCCACCAUCACAUGUACCACGGCUCCCUACAAUGCAGGAAAAUCAGGUCAAAGAGACGAGCACUUCUACAGAGCGACCCGUGCAGUGUCCUCGAAUUCCCCCAUCGAUAAGAAACUGGCGGAAUCUAUCCCUCAGCAACAUCUGUCCCUCCUAACUGCUCCUGUACACGGAUCACCUUCAGCGUGGCGUCCUCACCUGUUGAAAUGUCCUUCUGUCCAAUCCAGAGAAGCUGACCAUGAUGAGCUCCCUAAUAAUACAGAAAACUCAGCCACCAUUUUGGAUCCAUCUACAGACUCAAGCCCUCUGCUUACGCACAACGCACCUGCCACCCACGACUCUCCUGCUGCUCCCGAGUACAAAAACAACACACUGCGCAACUCCAGACAGAGCAUUAACAGCUCAGAGGACGCGUACUUGUAACUCGCUCACUGUCGCCACCUGGUGGUUAGGAGGAACAGGAAGCGGAGAAAUAUUUACAUUAUUUUUACAUUCAUUUGAGUUAGAGCAGGGGUUUGGUUUUUGCAUAACCCAUGUUGGUUCUUAACCUGUGACAAUUUAUGCAUUUAAUCACUCUUAAACAAAUGAUUUGUCUUCAGAUCAAAUUUACACAGUUCACCCCAGAGGCAAUUCACCCCAGAGGCACCCAAGAUGUGUUUUGUUUCUGGUUUUUGUUUCUUUAGUUUUUCACUUGAAAGUCAGACACCAAACAUGCCUUGACUAUAAUGGGGGGUGUAUGUUGCAAAUUUGCAAACUUGUAUUUCAUUAUUCCCUACAGGAAGAAACUCCGAGAGGUCAAUUAAGGGUCAGUGGAGAGUCAGAGAAAAUCCCAGAAAAAUACUGUAUCCUCAGCACCUCACACGCUGCCAUCUUAGUGUCACUGUGGUUCUGAGAACGCUCCACCACCCUAAUGAACCCUAAUGGUCUAAUCAGUUUUCCUUCCCAUUAAUGGAUGGUGUAGAGAACGGCUAACGAAUUGUGCCUAGCAUCAGACGAGUUACAGUCACUAGUGUACUUCAGUAACGUAGAUUUACACUCUGCCUCGCCUUAUGGGACCAAACAAAAUACAUUACUGGAACUUUGACAUGCGUGUCCCUAAAUCUGAUGGGAAGUGGAGAGUCACACUAGUGUAGGACAAACUCUUAACUCUCAAAUCCAGAGCAGAAUGUGAGGUUCUGAGGUUUUUACGUCUGAGGCUUCUCAUCUGUGGCUCUACCUCUGAGGUUCUAUGUCCGGGUCUCUGCAUCUGAGGCUGUAUAUCCGAAGCUGUACAUCUGUGGCUGUACAUCUGAGGAUCUCCCUCUGAGGCUGUUUGUCUAGAACUGUACAUUUGUGGCUCUGCGUCUGAGGACCUACGUGUGUGGCUGUGCACGUCUGAGGUGUGGGGGCGGUCCGUCUGAGGCUCUGAGUUCAAGGCUUUACAUUUGAGGCCCUUCCUUUGAGUCUGCUGUCUGUGUUUCUGUUACUCUCUCAAAUGGCUCAUGUGAGGUCAUUUUAACCAUUUUAUGUUUGUACAUUAAUGGGAUUGGUUAGAACCGCACAGUGGGCGUGUGCGAAUAUUCAGUUUUCAUAUCGCUAAUGUAUAUGGUACAUUAUAUCAAACAGCGCAAAACUUUUAAAAAUCUAUUUAGUAGAUUGACGUGACAUUGUGGACUUUUUCCUUAACUUUACAAAUGUGACAAUUACUUAGAAGCUCAGCUUGAAAAACAAAUUUAAAAAUGCUGCCUAGGUAGUAGGCGAUUAUAAUAAUAUCUUCUCGUUAUUUGAAUGAAUUUAGCCAAUUCUAAGUCGGUAUGGUGUC